AUAACCACAUGCACCUUAAUUUAUUUGGGGAGCAACUACCAAGGUAAGAUGCACCCGUCACAAAACAGGGUUUAAUGUAAAGAAAGCGCCGCCUCAGCUUAUCCUGCAUCUGCCAACAUGGCCACAGGAAGUCCCAAACUCCACUUCCAGUUCGUCAGUUACAGCAACUGUGUGCUACAGAAGAUGAACAGCUUACGAGAGCAGAGGCUGUUCUGCGAUGUGACGAUACGCAUCGAGCAGGCUUCGUUCCAGGGUCACAAAGUGGUGCUGGCAGCCAGUUCACCCUUCCUGAGGGACCAGUUUUUGCUGAAGGACACAGAGGAGACCCUUCUGUCAAUCAAUCAAAGCCCAGAGGUGGUCACACAGCUCCUGCAGUCCUGCUACACCGGCGUCCUGGAAUUCCCUGUUCAAGAACUGAUCAGCUACCUCACAGUCGCCAGCUACCUUCAGAUGGGACAUGUGGUGGAAAAGUGCCAGCAGACAGCCAUGCAAUACAUGGAACCCAGCUUCUCAGCUGGUGCUUUGGGGAGCACCAAAGAAACCAUCCAGGAGAGUAUUAGAGGAACAGAACCCAGCCCUAAGACAAGUAAAAAACACAAGCUUGGACCACAAAGCUUGCCAAUAAAAACAGAAGAGGAGGCAGUAUUUGAGGUUGAAGGUUGUCCAGAUGUUCAACUGGGUUCAUCAAAACCACUGCAGACUGGCAGCAAACCCCAGGGACCUGCAGGUCCCUCUGAGGUAGUCAACAGUGAGGACUUCAUGGUUGCUGCCAAUGAGUUUCACUUCCAGGGUCUCAAUUUAUCCACAGACUUUUCAAGCGAGGCCAGGAGGAGCCCGGAACAAGAGGUACUGCAAGGGCCGUACCUCUGCCUGAACUGCUCCCUAACCUUCCAGUUUCUAGAGAACUACGUCAGCCACAUGAGGGAGCACAAGUUGUUCCUUUGCUUGCGAUGCGGGAAGACCUUCACCCAGAAGGGAAACCUGACUCGUCACAUACGCAUGCACACAGGCUUCAAGCCUUAUCAGUGCAGCGUCUGCACCAAGACUUUCACUCAGAAAGUGUCUCUCCAGGAUCACGUGAACCUGCACAGCGGCACACGGCCACACUGUUGUAAUUACUGCAAGCUGCAUUUUGCCCAGAAACCGGCUCUGCGGCGCCACCUGCGGGAGAUGCACAGGAAGAGCAUUGCUGACAACUUCAACGAGGAGGUUGAAGAGGUCCUGCUUUAACCCUUGAGAUUCUUGGUCCUUCUGUGGCUUACUAUCAAACCACCCCUGCUUGUUUGUGGUGCUGCGGGACAUGUAUUGCCUGUUUUACACCAGUCUCGGACACAUUUCUGGUAUCCCUGAAUGGAUAAUUGUCCUGCUUUACAUUUCAUACAUUAAACGUUUAAACCUCUUGUGUAAACAGUCGUUUGUGCAUAUUGUCAGUGGAGAGUCAGCUUAAAUUUUCUAUGAAUGACAGUAGCGUUAUUUAUUGCCCAAUUACCUCACUUGGACCCCACAUGUACUAAAUAUUUUGCCAUUACAUUGAAUGUAGUAAUUUGUAGUCUUACCAUUAUUCAUGCGUUCCUGAAACGCACAUGCCCAAUAUUUUGCGUCCCAUUCAUCAGAUACUAAAUGAACAGUUAUUAACACAAAGCCUAAUAAACUCCAGGGAUGUGCAUUUUGGUACAUUUUUAUGAAUCUUUAAACUCUAUGCCAUGUUGUAGUUUAAACAAUCUCUGUGUGUGUGUGUAUAGAUCUACAAAUGAACACAGACGCACUUUUUUCUUUGUUAUAUAUUAACAGUAGACCGUUUGCAUGACGAGACAGGAUUAUAAGCUCUGUUUGUUGCCUUCAUCUACGUGUGUUUUCAUAUUUUUCUGUAUUCCAGUAACAGCAACAGCAUCGCCAUGUCUGUGUCUUUUAAGCAAAGAUUCUUGAAAAUCACUACACUUGUGUGUCUAUGCAUUUUUUUUGCAAAGCAGCUUUUUCACACACACUUCAGUACAUCUUGCCGUCUCGAUAAACAAGCCACGGAUACUUCAUCUCCCAUUCAGAAUUAUAUGAAUGUAUUUUUCGUUUGUGUUUUUCUGUAUUACCACUGCUUGCUACUGUUUCUCGGCCACUGUA